AUGAUUGAGAAGGGAGAUUGUGGCCAGCCUGUGCUGGACCUGAUUCUGAUGAAGUCCCUGCAGACCAGGUCUUCUCCUGACGGUCUUGAAGGCCGUCUUCUUGGCCUUCACUGGGCCGGUCAUGAAGAGGGAACUCCUGUUUAUGGAUGGGAACACACUAAGUUCAUGCAGGAGCGAGGGCAGCGUAUAGAGAUGGUAGCGUUAUUUGAUCCUUUUAAGGAGACAGGUGUCCAACCACGCACUGUUGUGCUGCAGGGGGCUGCUGGUAUUGGGAAGACCACCCUGGCCAGCAAGGUGAUGUUGGACUGGGCAGAGGGAAACCUCUUCCAGGAGAGGUUCAACUAUGUUUUCUAUCUCACCUGCAGAGAACUGAACCCAUUAGAAGGAAAAAUAAUCAGUUUUGCUGAUUUAAUUGCCAAUGACUGGCCUGGCUCCCAGACUCCCAUAACAGAGAUCAUGUUCCAGCCAGAGAGGCUUCUGUUCAUCAUUGAUGGUUUAGAUGAACUGAAAUUCCCUUGUAACGAGCACAAAUAUGAUCUAUGCAAAGACUGGAAGCAGAAGGAGCCAGUAUCCAUCUUGUUGAGCAGUUUACUGAGGAAAACCUUGCUCCCUGAAGCCUGCUUGCUGCUCACAAGACUCACUGCUCUGGGGAAAUUUUGUCCUUUGUUAGAGAGUCCACGUCAUGUGGAGAUCCUGGGCUUCUCAGAGCAGCAUAGAAAGGAGUAUUUCUGCAAAUUUUUCAUAGAUAAAGAUUUAGGUGAAAAGGCCUUUCAUUUAGUAAAAAGCAAUGACACACUAUUCACUAUGUUCUGUGUUCCCCUGAUGAACUGGAUUGUCUUCACUUGCCUGAAACAGCAGAUGGAGAAGGGACAAGAUCCUGUCCAGGUUUUGAAAACCACCACUGCCCUCUACAUGUGUUAUCUUUCCAAUUCAAUCAUCCCUGAUGACAAGAACUUCAUCCCUCAGCACUUGAGGGGUCUGUGUCGCUUGGCUGCUGAGGGGAUCUGGGACAGGAAACUGCUGUUUGAGGAAGAGGACCUCAGGAGGAAUAACUUGGAGGCAGCUGAUGUCUCUGCUUUCUUAGACAUGAAUCUUUUCCAGAAAGACAGUGGCUGUGAAAACUGCUACAGCUUCAUUCACUUGAGCUUCCAAGUUUUUGCUGCCAUGUUCUAUGUGAUGAGCACAGAGGAAGAAGGGAUGAAGAGUUCUGACUCCUUCAUCCCAGGUGUCAGAGAACUUCUGGAGGAGUGUAGUGGGCUUAAUGCCAGCUUUGUGGUUCUGGUGGUCCGCUUCCUGUUUGGCUUCCUAAACGUAGAGACAGCAAGGGAGCUGGAGAGAAAAUUCAGAUGCAGAAUGUCACCGGAAAUCAAGUCACAGUUACUGCAGUGGGCUCAGGGAGAAUCCAAAAUAAAUGAACAAAACGAUUUUUCUAUGAUUUAUCUCCCAGAAUUUUAUUCUCACUUAUAUGAGACUCAAGAUUCUGAAUUUGUAACACAGGUGCUAGGUAACAUCCAUGAAAUCAAAAUAGAAGUUUACGACCAGUAUGAUGCCCUGAAUGUAACUUACUGCAUUAAGCACUGUUAUAGGGCAAGAAAAAUAUACUUAAUAUCUGAUUAUACAGGUUUUGCUGUUAAUUUUCUGGAUUUUUUCUCUGCUGAGAACCUGACAAGCUUGCACCUGUUUGACACUCACAUUCAGGAGGAUGCAGUAGAGCUUCUGCAUAUAUCUUGGCAAAACAGGAUUGUAAGCUACAAACAAUCAGUCCGGAGGGGCCCAACACCUUCCAGGGGGACCAACACCUCCCAGGGGGCCCAACACCUCCCAGAUGGGCCCAACACCUCCCAGAGGGCCCAACACCUCCCAGGGGGACCAACACCUCCCAGGGGGGCCCAACACCUCCCAGGAGGACCAACACCUCCCAGGGGGCCCAACACCUCCCAGGGGGCCCACGCUGAUGCUGUCGGGGAUAUUUAA